AUGAAUGGAUUUACUAUUGAUGCUAUUUUAGGCAAUCAGAUUGUACAACACAAUAAUCUAACUUUAAACAAUACACAAAUGAUUAAUGAUAAUCACACUGAACAAAUUAACACUUUGUAUCAAAAUUCAACAAUCAAUACUAAUAUCAAUGUUAAUAAUAUAUCAAGUAACAGAAGAACAACAUUUGAAUCAAUUCAAACAAUUUUACCUGAAUAUACAUUCAAUGAACGUUUAAAUUAUAGUGAACUAUCAGAACAAGAUAAAAACAACAAUUGUAAUAAUUCUAUUAUACAAAAUGAUGAUGAUAUUGUACACAGUUCAAAAAUUUAUAAAAAUCGUAGUCCACGUAUACCAUUUUCACGUGAUCAAAUAUUUAGAUUAGAACGAAAGUUCCAGAAUUCAAAAUAUUUAAGUGGAUGGGAAGUGAAACAAUUGGCGAAAAAUUUAAAUCUUACAGAAACGCGCAACUUGGUUAUUGUUAUACUAAUAUUUGCUACUACUACUACUACUACUACUACUACUACUACUACUACUACUACUACUACUACUACUACUACUACUACUACUACUACUACUACUACUACUACUACUACUACUACUACUACUACUACUACUACUACUACUACUACUACUACUACUACUACUACUACUACUACUACUACUACUACUACUACUACUACUACUACUACUACUACUACUACUACUACUACUACUACUACUACUACUACUACUACUACUACUACUACUACUACUACUACUACUACUACUACUACUACUACUACUACUACUACUACUACUACUACUACUACUACUACUACUACUACUACUACUACUACUACUACUACUACUACUACUACUACUACUACUACUACUACUACUACUACUACUACUACUACUACUACUACUACUACUACUACUACUACUACUACUACUACUACUACUACUACUACUACUACUACUACUACUACUACUACUACUACUACUACUACUACUACUACUACUACUACUACUACUACUACUACUACUACUACUACUACUACUACUACUACUACUACUACUACUACUACUACUACUACUACUACUACUACUACUACUACUACUACUACUACUACUACUACUACUACUACUACUACUACUACUACUACUACUACUACUACUACUACUACUACUACUACUACUACUACUACUACUACUACUACUACUACUACUACUACUACUACUACUACUACUACUACUACUACUACUACUACUACUACUACUACUACUACUACUACUACUACUACUACUACUACUACUACUACUACUACUACUACUACUACUACUACUACUACUACUACUACUACUACUACUACUACUACUACUACUACUACUACUACUACUACUACUACUACUACUACUACUACUACUACUACUACUACUACUACUACUACUACUACUACUACUACUACUACUACUACUACUACUACUACUACUACUACUACUACUACUACUACUACUACUACUACUACUACUACUACUACUACUACUACUACUACUACUACUACUACUACUACUACUACUACUACUACUACUACUACUACUACUACUACUACUACUACUACUACUACUACUACUACUACUACUACUACUACUACUACUACUACUACUACUACUACUACUACUACUACUACUACUACUACUACUACUACUACUACUACUACUACUACUACUACUACUACUACUACUACUACUACUACUACUACUACUACUACUACUACUACUACUACUACUACUACUACUACUACUACUACUACUACUACUACUACUACUACUACUACUACUACUACUACUACUACUACUACUACUACUACUACUACUACUACUACUACUACUACUACUACUACUACUACUACUACUACUACUACUACUACUACUACUACUACUACUACUACUACUACUACUACUACUACUACUACUACUACUACUACUACUACUACUACUACUACUACUACUACUACUACUACUACUACUACUACUACUACUACUACUACUACUACUACUACUACUACUACUACUACUACUACUACUACUACUACUACUACUACUACUACUACUACUACUACUACUACUACUACUACUACUACUACUACUACUACUACUACUACUACUACUACUACUACUACUACUACUACUACUACUACUACUACUACUACUACUACUACUACUACUACUACUACUACUACUACUACUACUACUACUACUACUACUACUACUACUACUACUACUACUACUACUACUACUACUACUACUACUACUACUACUACUACUACUACUACUACUACUACUACUACUACUACUACUACUACUACUACUACUACUACUACUACUACUACUACUACUACUACUACUACUACUUUUGUUUCCUUGUAG